CUUACAGUUUUGUCUUCGCAGUCUUUGUCCUUCUUCACAUCCUCUGCUUCUGCCCACUGUGUUACAUCCACUGCGGGGGGCGUGCAGUAUGGAGAACAAUGAGAAAACUCGUCUGCUCGAUAAGAUAUUUUCUUGGUCCAUUAGUGAUAUUCUCAACAAAGAUCUCCUCAAAGGCCAGAUAAGAACGAUACCAGACAAGUUUAGUUCAGUUGAGCAGUACUUAGGAUGCUUUGUUGCUCCUCUCCUCGAGGAAACAAGGACAGAACUGUUCUCGAGUUUGAGAUCUCUGUCUAAGACGCCCGUCUUUCAAAUAUAUUCACUCGAUACUCCUGACUCACGCGGCUCUUCCAAGAAUUUGUUCCAUAAAAUAUCGCUGAGUGAAGCUGAGGUUGGUUCAAAGUAUCAGCCCAAGUGUGGUGAUCUGAUUGCUUUGACCAAAGUAUGGACGAAACGCAUCAGUGAUUUGGGACAAUACCCAGUUCUGGCAUACGUAUGUUCAAUGGAUGAUGACAGGCACAUUUCGGUUUUGUCAUCGAAGCCAAUAUGCAUGGAAGAGAAAUUUGCGUAUAGGUAUGGGGUUUUUCUCAUGACCCUGACGUCUAACACUCGUAUUUGGAACGCUCUUCACCAAGAAGGUGGCAACAUGACUCUCAUCAAGAGCGUUCUUCAGGCCGAUAAAACGGACAUUGGGCCUUGUAUAUCUUGUCUCUCGGACGGAAACGUUCCCGAGGGCAUUGUGUUUCAUGGUGGCUGUCCUUGCGGUGUGUCUGACGUAAUCCGCUCUUUGAAACUGAAUCUUUCUCAAGAAUCUGCAGUUCUUAGCUGUCUUAGACUUAAGGAUUGUGUUCACAAGAACAUAGUAAAACUAAUCUGGGGUCCUCCCGGGACAGGGAAGACAAAGACUGUGGCUACGCUUCUUUAUGCCCUUCUCAAGCUAAGACUGAGAACUGCUACUUGUGCACCUACAAACACUGCUGUUGCAGAAGUGGCGUCGAGGCUCGUAAGUUUGGUUCUUGAUUCUUCAGAGUGUAAACCUUACGGGCUCGGGGAUAUCGUGUUAUGUGGAAACAGAGAUCGGAUGAGGAUCGAUACCCGUGAUGAUAUCGGUGACAUUUUUCUAGAUAUUCGUAUUCAGGCUCUUUCGGGAUUGUUUUCGCCGUUUUCAGGGUGGAAGGUUCACUUGGAAGAACUUAUUGACUUCCUCGAGAACACUGAGGUUAAGUGGGAGAGAUAUUUAGGUGGUAAUGAUGAUUCGGAUGAAGAUUUCAGCGUUCUUUCAUGUGGAGAGUUUGUGGUAGACAGAUUUCUCGGGUAUCUUGAGAAGUUCGACCACGAUAUGGUCAACUUGUUUACACAUCUUCCGACUUCUGUCGUUACCUCUGCGGUUGUUAAGAACAUCAGAGCAGCUGAUCUUUUGCUUAGGAAGGCUGAGGACCAUCUACGAAGGUACUCUUCUUCUGAAGAUUUCCAAAGGGGUAGUCUCGUUUACGAUUCUUUCGAUAGAGUCCACCGUGUUUUGUGCUUGGAGGCGUUGAGAUUGGUUCCUCGAACCUUUAACCUUCCAGAUUUUGUAGAUGACGAUGACAUUAGAAAGUUCUGCUUGCAAAAGGCCUGUACAAUCUUCUGCACUGCCUCUGGUGCGGCUGAGAUGAACGAAGAUAGAACUGGAUCGAUCGAGUUUCUUGUUAUAGAUGAAGCAGCUCAGCUCAAGGAAUGCGAAGCCGCGGUUUCCUUGCAACUUCCCGGUUUACGCCACGCUGUUCUUAUCGGAGAUGAGCUUCAGCUUCCCCCUGUUAUUCAAAGCGAGAUUUGUGAGAGGGCGAAGUUUGGGAGAAGUUUGUUCGAGAGGUUGGUCGGUCUUGGCCACGAGAAACACUUGCUAGACGUCCAAUACAGGAUGCAUCCAUCGAUAAGUCAGUUCCCGAAUAAGGAGUUCUACGAGGGUAUGAUAUCCGAUGCGGAUUUCGUCAAGGGAAAUGACUAUCAGAAGUGUUAUGUUCGAGGAAAUAUGUACGGAACCUACUCGUUCAUCAACGUGGGUCGGGGAAGGGAGGAAUUCGGGGACGGACACAGCCCCAAGAACGCUGUGGAAGUGGCUGUUAUCUUCGAGAUCGUAUCCAAUCUUUUCAAAGUUUCCAAAGACUCCGCCACAAAGAUGAGUAUCGGUGUGAUCUCGCCGUACAAAGGACAGGUUAAAGCGCUUCAGGACAAGUUCGGCGAGGAGUUCAGUUCGAACUCUGAGCUUUUCACUGUGAAUGUGCGGUCCGUUGAUGGCUUCCAAGGCGGGGAAGAGGACAUUAUCAUCAUCUCGACAGUGAGAAGCAACAAGAAUGGCAAUGUCGGAUUCCUUUCGAACCGGCAGCGUGCAAACGUGGCGCUCACACGUGCAAGAUACUGUCUCUGGGUGAUUGGAAAUGGAACAACUCUUGGGUUGAGCGGUUCGGUUUGGGGGAAACUGAUCGCUGAUGCGAAAAGACGAGGGUGUUUCUUCAAUGCGGAAGAUGAUACCAGACUGAAAGUUGCCAUGGAUGAUGUCGAAAUAGAGCUCGAGGAUUCCGAUUUGUUUUCGAGUUUUCGAUCUCUUUCGAUCAAGAAUGGCGGAGGAAAGAGAUGGUGAGAGCUUUGUUUGUUUUUUUCCCCGUGUUAUGGAACUGAAGAACAUGAGAUUCACUUCACGAAGGGAAUCUACUUAUCUUUGUUGCUUUAUGUUUUGUGUUAUGGGACUCUCGUGUGAUCCUGUUUGUCAUUUUUUUAAUGUUUUAUU